AUGGCUCUGCCUCUUGAACCCGGUUUGUCUCCAAACGAAGUCGGCUUUCUCUGUGAGAUGGAGCUGGUCACCGUGAUCCCGCGACAGAGACUCGACGCCCUCGAAUUGCUAGGUGGCCAAACAGAACGUCUCAAUCCGCCUUUCCCAGCCCAACUGCCUCUCUGGCUCGCUCUCCUCCUCAAGCGACAGAAACGCGCCAACAUUAGCCCACCGCCAUGGCUGAACGUCGAAGCCCUCGAAAGCCUGCUGGAGUUUGAGAUGCACCCACAACUAGAAGGUGUCUUCGCUCCCGCACCGACGCUUCCUGCUCCCACGGGUACAAGUCUGCCGGACGAACCAUACUUGUCUCAAGACUCGCUUGAGCUGUCCGCACCAUUCAUCAAAGAUUCCUCGACUUCUCGCGCGCAAGACAAUGCCUUGCCGUAUCAUUGGAUGGAGCUCAGUCAUCUUCUCCUCACGCAUGCAUCAGACGACUUUGUAGACCCGGAUAUGGUGCGGAAGCUCACGCGGGACUUGAGGGAAGUGCGUAUGAGCAAGCUACGAAAAGGCUUCAAGGUUCUGGGACCAAGUGCUGGGCUCAAGAUGAAUGGUGUGGGUGGAAUGGAGAUUGCAGAAGUGCGUGGGUUCGUUGGCGGAGUGGUGGACAACUUGAGGAAAAUCAAUCGUUCACGAGAAGAGGCUAGUAAAGAACGUGAGGACGAUGAUGAUCGCAACGGUUUUGGUAACAGUAGUUACGAGGACGAUGAAAUGCAGCUUUGA